GACUAUCGUGCAGUGACGUAAUAAGUAGUGCGCUGCCGCUUGUCUGGCGUAAUUUUUAAUAAAGGUUCUCCAAUAAUUUAGAUAUUAUUGAAACGAUGUUUAGAUAAUAUUGUAGAUUUACUUUAAGUUGUAAUGAGUCUCAUUUAGAAGGCGAUAAACAAAGAGAUUUACUUCAAUUUUCAAGCCAUUCAGGUCUGUUUCUGUAGAUGCUGAAGUCACUAUCACACCAGUUCAUCUAUAAAUACUGUGAAGAAGUCAAACAAGCAGCUGCUGUCACAACACAUUCAACUACUCUACUAUUCUGAUCCACUGUUGUAAUGAUGGAGUGUGUUAAAGAGGAGACUGAUCCUGAAUCAUUCACAAUAACACCUCAACAUACUCAACAACAAAGAGGCCUAAUGGGAGAGAAAGCGGAAGAUCAAGGACAAAAUGAAACAAAGGAUGAACAUCAGCACAGCAAUUUCAAAAUUGAAGAAAUUUUGUUCAGUUGCUCACGGACUGAUGAGGAUUCACCUCAAGAAAGAGCAAAAGCUACAAUCUCUUUUCCAUGCCAUCCUUAUGGUGAGACUUUUUCACUAAAAGGACAUUUAAAUGUUGACAUAAAGACUCACACAGGAGAAAUGCUUCAGUAUGAAAAGGCUUGCACAAGUAAAAGCCACCUUGUGGAUCAUUUAGGUAGUGACAUUGGUGAGAAGACCUUUGCAUGCCCUCAUUGUCAAAAGUGUUUUAAACAACGAAGAAGUCUUAAUGUUCACAUAAAGACUCACACCGGGGAAAAGCCGUACAGCUGCCCUCAAUGUGAAAAAACCUACAGAGAUAAAAGGCGCCUUAAGGAUCAUUUAGUUACUCACACUGGUGAGUGGCCCUUCACCUGCCUUCAGUGUGAUAAGGGUUUUUUACGAGAAAGAAGUCUUAAUGUUCACUUAAAGACUCACACUGGAGAAAAGACAAACACAUGUGAAAAGCUGCUGGAAGAACAUAAAAGGAGUGACAGUGACCAAACGCCUUUCUCUUGCCCUCAAUGUGGAAUGAAUUUUACACAAAGACAAACCCUUAAUGUUCACAUGAGGAGUCACAGUGAUGAUGGGCUUUACACCUGUCCUCAAUGUGGAAAGAGUUUCACAACAAAAACACAUUUAGAGAAUCACAUACGCAUUCACACUGGAGAGAAACCUUUUAGGUGCCAUCAGUGUGACAAGAGUUUUACACAACAAGGAGCUCUUAAGCAUCACAUACGAAUUCAUACUGGUGAGAAGCCUUUCUCAUGCCAUCUGUGUGAUAAGAGCUUUAGACAAAAAGAAAAUCUUAAUCGGCACAUACAGAUUCAUACAGGUGAAAGGCCUUUCUCGUGCCAUUUGUGUAAUAAAAGCUUUAGACAAAAAGAAACUCUUAAUCAGCACAUACGAGUUCAUACACGUGAGAAGCCUUUUUCAUGCCCCCUUUGUGAUAAGAGCUUUAGACAAAAGAAAAUUGUUAAGCAGCACAUGCGAGUUCAUACAGAUGAGAAGUCUUUCUCAUGCCAUCUCUGUGAUAAGAGUUUUACACAAAAAGAAAAUCUUAAGCUGCACAUACGAAUUCAUACAGGUGAGAAGCCUUUCAGGUGCCCGCAGUGUGAGAAAAGUUUUACACAACAAGGACAUCUUCUGUGUCACAUACGAAUUCAUACAGAUGAGAAGCCUUUCGCGUGUCAUCUGUGUGAUAAGAGCUUUAGACAAAAAAAAAUUCUUGAGCAGCACAUACGAGUUCAUACAGAUGAGAAGUCUUUCUCGUGCCAUCUUUGUGAUAAGAGUUUUAGACAAAAAGAAAAUCUUAAGCUGCACAUACGAAUUCAUACAGGUGAGAAGCCUUUCUCGUGUCAUCUAUGUGAGAAGAGCUUUAGACAAAAAAAACAUCUUAAGCAGCACAUACAAAUUCAUACAGAUGAGAAGUCUUUCUCGUGCCAUCUGUGUGAUAAGAGCUUUAACCAAAAAGAAAAUCUUAAGCGACACAUUAGAGUUCAUACAGGUGAGAGGCCUUUUUCGUGCCAUCUGUGUGAUAAGAGUUACGCACAGGCACGAAGUCUCAAAGUUCAUCUGCUGUCUUACCAUUCUGUAGAAAACCCCUGCCUAAUGGGAGUGAAAGAGGAACCUCAAGGACAAAAUGAAGUGGAGGAUGAAGAUCAGCACCACAAUUUCAAAAGUGAAGAAAAUACUUUUAGUUGCUCACAGACUGAUGAGGAUUCACCUGAAGAAAGAGAAGAAGCUAAAAUCUCUUUUCCAUGCCAUCCUUAUGUUUUAGGCCUAAUGGGAGUGAAAGAGGAACCUCAAGGACAAAAUGAAGUGGAGGAUGAAGAUCAGCACCACAAUUUCAAAAGUGAAGAAAAUUCUUUCAGUUGCUCACAGACUGAUGAUGAUUCACCUCAAGAAAGAGAAGAAGCUAAAAUCUCUUUUCCAUGCCAUCCUUAUGGUGAGACUUCUUCACAAAAAGGACAUUCAAAUGUUCAAAUAAAGACUCACACAGGUGAAAUGCUUCAGUAUGAAAAGUCUUGCACAAGUAAAAGCCACCUUUUGGAUCAUUCAGGUAGUCAUUCUGGUGAGAAGACCUUUGCAUGCCCUCAUUGUGAUAAGUGUUUUAAACAACGAAGAAGUCUUAAUGUUCACAUAAAGACUCACACCGGAGAAAUGCCAUACAGCUGCCCUCAGUGUGAAAAAACCUACAGAGAUAAAAGGCGCCUUAAGGAUCAUUUAGUUACUCACACUGGUGAGUGGCCCUUCACCUGCCUUCAGUGUGAUAAGGGUUUUUUGCGACAAAAUUAUCUUAAUGUUCACUUAAAGACUCACAUUGGAGAAAAGACAAACACAUGUGAAGAGUCGCUGAAAGAAUGUAAAAUAAGUUACACUGACCAACCGCCUUUCGCUUGCCCUCAAUGUGGAAUGAGUUUUACACAAAGACGAAACCUUAAUAGUCACAUGAGGAGUCACAGUGAUGAUGGGCCUUACACCUGUCCUCAUUGUGUGAAGAGUUUCACAACAAAAGCACAUUUAGAGAAUCACAUACGAGUUCACACUGGAGAGAAACCUUUUAAGUGCCCGCAGUGUGACAAGAGUUUUAAACAACGUGGACAUCUACAGAGUCACAUACGAAUUCAUACAGGUGAGAAGCCUUUCACGUGCAAUCUGUGUAAUAAGAGCUUUAGUCAUAAAGAAUCUCUUAAGCAGCACGUACGAGUUCAUACAGAUGAGAAGCCUUACUCAUGCAAUUUGUGUGAUAAAAGCUUUAGACAUAAAGAAAAUCUUAAGCAGCACAUACAAGUUCAUACAAGUGCGAAGCCUUACUCAUGCCAUCUGUGUGAUGAGAGCUUUAGACAAAAAAAAAAUCUUAAGCAGCACAUACGAGUUCACACUGGAGAGAAACCUUUCAAGUGCCCUCAGUGUGACAAGAGUUUUACACAACAAGGAGUUCUUAAGCAGCACAUACGAAUUCAUACUGGUGAGAAGCCUUACUUGUGCCAUCUGUGUAAUAAGAGCUUUAGACAAAAAGAAAAUCUUAAGCGUCACAUACGACUUCAUACAGAUGAGAUGCCUUACUCAUGCCAUCUGUGUGAUAAGAGUUACAAAUGGGCACAAAGUCUCAAAAAGCAUCUGCUGUUUCACCAUAAUGAAGAAAACCCCUAAAAGUGUUCACAUUGUGAAAAGAGUUUUAUUGAGUCUGUGACGCUGAUAAAACACAAGUUGUAGAGUAUUGUGUUAACGGGCGAAAUGGCAAUGGGUUCAAUCUCAGAACAGUAUUCUGAUUAAAUGUAUAGAUUUAAUGUAUUGUUAUUUACUUUGCAUAAAACUGUCAGCCAAAUGCAUUAAAAUGUAAAUGUAUUUUCAGGAUUUUUUUCAUGUUGGAGUAACACUACUAGUAAAUUUCCACUAAUUUGUUAAAGUCUAUAUCUUCAUCCAUAUACUUAAAAUCUACAUUUUGUUAAUCAUGGAUAUGAUGGGAAGAUAACUAAAAAAUUGUGAAAGAUUACAAGCUAUCAUAACACUCGUGUAUUGACUGUCUUUUAGUGAUAUAGUUUUCAUGAAGUUUAAUUUAUUUAUUUUGUUAUGUGUUCUGUUUUGCAAAUGUGGAAUUAAACAUAUUUAUUUUACCUA